CUUUGAUCGAAGGUCUUGCGAUUUAGGGGGGUUGACAUCGACCUUCACCACGAGCGCGCUACGUUCAAAGCAACAGCAAGGACGUCACCUUGGCGCAGUAGCUCUUGAUCACUCUUGCUACAUUUCGACCGGGUCCUCGCAAAGAUGGUCCGCGAAAUUGAGCCUGAAAAGGCGACACAAUCGCUCGCCGUCCCGUCCGAGGAUCCAAAGUCGAGUAAGGACGAGACGAAGAACAAGGCUGGCAAGGAGGAUGCAGAUGGGAGAGACAGAAAAGAUGCAGACAAGAAAACGAGCAAGGAGGAUGAGCUAAAUGAAGAGGAUCUGCAGCUCAAGAAUGAGCUGGAAAUGCUUGUGGAGAGGCUCAAGGAGGAUGAAGGGACGCUGUAUCGACCAGCUUUGGAGUCGCUCCGCACGCUCAUACGAACAAGCACAUCGUCCAUGACAUCUGUUCCGAAGCCGCUGAAGUUCCUACGACCACAUUUCCCAGGGCUCAAAUCGCUUUACACAUCGUCGCUCACUACUGCCUCUUCCACUGCCAACGAGUACUGGCGCUCAGACUCGCUCGACAAGUCUCUUUUUGCCGAAAUUCUCUCGGUACUCGCAAUGACCUACUCGGACACAGGAGACCGCGAGACCCUUGCCUUCCGCAUCGAAGCUGUCAGGGUGGCGCAAGCCAGCACACCUGAUGCAGACGGCAAGGCCGAUGAUCCAGGUGUAUGGGGACAUGAGUACAUGAGGCAUUUGGCAGCAGAGAUCGGAGAGGAGUACAACACGCGAGUGCAAAGAGGAGAGCAUGGCGCUGCGGGUGACGAGGGAGCACAAAAACCACAAACGAAUGGAGACGGUAGCAAGCACAUUACCGCUUCGACAGCUUCCUAUCAGGACCUGUUGGAUAUUGCUAUGCUUGUCGUCCCGUUCUCUCUCAAACACAAUGCCGAGGCUGACGCAGUCGACCUGCUACUCGAGCUUGAAGCUAUCGACAAGCUCGUGCCCCACGUCGACAAGGACACUUAUGCGCGCGUCUGCUUGUACAUGGUCAGCUGUGUCAACCUCCUGGUACCGCCAGAUGACAUCCAGUUCUUGCGUACGGCGCAUGAGAUUUACCACAAGCACGACCGACACACCGAGGCGCUCGUCCUCUCCCUGCGCAUCGGCGACAAGCAGCUGAUUAGAAAGGACUUCGAGGCGCCGCAGAACCCGAUCAUGAAGAAGCAGCUUGCCUUCUUGCUUGGUCGGCAAAAUGUGCCGAUCGAAUGGCUCCAGGAGGAAGACGAGCUGAUUGCAGACCAGGACCUCAUCGAUGCCAUCUUCAACACCCGCCUUUCAGAGCACUUCAUCUCGUUCGCAAAAGAGCUGAACGUCUAUGAGCCAAAGAGUCUCGAGGAUAUCUACAAGACCCACCUCGAAAACUCUCGUACCGGCCUCAGCAACACGGUCGACUCGGCACGGGGUAACCUCGCGAGUACAUUUGUAAACGCCUUCGUCAAUGCAGGCUUCGGCAAUGACAAGCUGAUGGUCGGCGCGGAAGAAGGCGAUAGCUGGAUCUACAAAAAUAAAGACCACGGCAUGCUCUCCGCCGCAGCCAGCCUGGGAAUGAGUCUGCUUUGGGACACGGAGAUGGGUAUGAGCCACAUUGACAAAUAUACCUACUCGAGCGACGAGAACGUCAAGGCGGGCGCGCUCAUGGCGUACGGGAUUCUCCACUCUGGCGUCCGAACAGAGAUGGACGCGGCGCUUGCCUUGCUCACCGAGCACGUCGACUCGUCCUCCACGCCGCUCAAGGUUUCAGCCAUUGUUGGAAUCGGCCUUGCGUAUGCUGGCUCGCAUCGGGAGGACAUUGUGCCCCUGCUGCUCCAGCACGUCAGCGACGAGACGGCGCCCAUGGAGGUCGCGGCAAUCUCGGCACUGGCGCUCGGGCUCAUUUUUGUCGGCUCUGCACACGAGGAGAUCACGCCGACAAUCCUACAGAGCAUGAUGGAGCGCGAGCCAACACAGCUCGAUGACAAGUGGGCGCGCUUCAUGUCUCUCGGUCUCGCCAUGCUCUUCCUCGGCCAACAGGACCAGAGCGACGCGACGAUCGAGACGCUCAAAGCAAUCGAGCAUCCUAUCUCCCUGCAGACCCAGGUGCUGGUGGAUAUGUGCAGCUACGCCGGCACCGGAAAUGUGCUCAAGAUCCAGACCAUGCUGCACCACUGCUUGGAGCACAUCGAGAAGAAGGAUGAGGAGGACAGCGGCGAGGACGGGCAGGAUGGUGGCGGAGAUGAUACCGUCGAUGCGGGCGGGAGCGGAGGCGGUGUGACCAGCGACGCUGCGCCGAGCGCCGGCAGAAGCAAUGGCGAGGGCGUCAACAGCAACGAAGAAGAGGAGAGCAACAAGUCCGACUUGCAUCAGGCGUACGCUGUGCUCGGUGUCGCACUGCUGGCCAUGGGCGAAGAUGUUGGCGCAGAAAUGACCAUUCGACAUCUCUCGCAUCUCAUGCACUACGGCGAGCCUGUCAUUCGGAGGAGCGUGCCGCUGGCGAUCGCGCUGCUCAAUCCUUCAAACCCCGCAAUGAGCAUUCUUGACACGCUGUCCAAGUACUCGCACGACAAUGACCUUGACGUUGCCAUCAAUGCCAUCCUCGCAAUGGGCAUCGUUGGCGCGGGAACGAACAAUGCGAGACUCGCGCAGAUGCUCCGACAGCUGGCUGGGUACUACCACAAGGAGCCAGAUUGCUUGUUUAUGGUCCGCAUCGCGCAAGGUCUCGUGCACAUGGGCAAAGGCCUGAUUGGCAUCAAUCCGUUUCACACCGAUCGCUCGCUUAUGAGUCGCACCGCGGUGUGCGGUCUGUUGUCUGUCCUCAUUUCCUUCACAGAUGCUCGGGAAUUCGUUCUGAGCAAUUCACAUUGGCUCCUAUACCUGCUUACACCCGCCAUGUUCCCGCGCUUCCUCAUCACGCUCGACGAGGAUCUGAAGCCCUUACCAGUGUCUGUGCGCGUCGGCAAGGCGGUCGAUGUUGUCGGCCAGGCUGGCAAGCCGCGGACCAUCUCCGGCUUCCAAACGCACACUACGCCCGUCAGGCUCAAUGCGUACGAUCGCGCCGAGCUAGGCACGGAAGAGUACCUAUCUUAUGCGCAUGUUCUUGAAUCUUUCGCAAUCCUGCGCAAGAACCCAGGCUUUGAGAAUCCAGAUGAAGACAUCAAGAUGACGUGACACUUAGAGAAUGUAUACUUGAAAAAAUACAGUAGCAGAUGGAGAAAGGUCACCGAUAUUCAGUUUGCUGCAAGGUUAGGGUUGUUACGCCGCUGUUGACCGUAGUUGAUGACUCUGAGCCCUACGAUACUGUACUCAAAAAAUUACGGUGAU